AACAAAUCGAUUUCUUCGCAGUUCGCGCACAUCCCGACGACGUUGUUAUGUAAAAAUACCGCAAAAGUGCAAUGAUUUCAGUUUAGUCGCGUUAAAUAUUGAAUUACAAUCGCUUUUAAAUGCGCAUCCGCCGUAGUUCCACCUUCAAGCGUCUGCUGGACCUGUGGCCGGGCAAGAAAACUCUCGGGAUUUAUCGGUUUCUGCCGCUGUUCUUCGGACUUGGCGCAACGCUCGAGUUUUCCAUGAUCCACUGGAGAGUGGGCGAUACUAAUUUCUACAACACCUUCAAGAAGCGCCAGGCGAAGGACAUUGUCGAGGAGCGACUUCGAUUGCAUCAGCUGGAACCGAUCCGGGAAAGCGGCUAACAAAAUGCCGGCCGGAGUGUCCAUGAAGGAGUACCUUAAGUUUACGUCCGCCG